AUGGUUGCCUUUUGGGGUUGUGAGAUAUUGGAUAAGAAAGCAGCGGUUGUAAAUGUGCCCAAGGGAUUCGUUCUCAACGUUGUGAACGUCACCUGUGGCUCAGUCGGUGCCUCAGUAACCUCGACGCUAUAUGUGGAGACAAAGCUGCUUGAUGGCAAAGUUUGGAAGGGUGCUGUGGCUCAUCUGGGUGCCAGGCAUCCGCCGCAGGCCAAGCUGGACCUGGUAUUCGGUCAAGAUGUCAAGUUUUACUUGUCAAAUGGCUCUGAAGUCGUGCACCUCAGCGGCUACUUCCAGCCCUGCCCUCCCGUUGACUCGGCUGAGAACGGCACGACAUCACUGCCCUCAAAGGCCAGUAAGAAAACAAACAAGCGUGUUCGUGACGACAAUACGGAAGUCGCCAAGACCCAAAAGGAGGUGAUCCCGUCGAACGGCUCUGCUACGGUUUCAAAGAAGAAAACCAAAACUACUAAUCAAAAGACCCCGCCACCUAGUGCCAAAAAGGAAGUUCAGGAGAAAACGCCUGAGGCUGAAGCUGUAGACUCUGCUGCGCAGAAAAAGAAGCGCAAAAAAAACAAAGGAAAGAAGUCGGCAGCCUCCCCGGCGACUGACUCUGCAGCUAGUGCGCUUUAG